AUGACGACCGCUCACAGGCCCACGUUCGAUCCGGCUCGCGGCAAAGAGGCCCAGCGCGGGCCGGCCUACCACCAGCGCCUGCUCCCGGCCCACAUGACCCUCAAGCACCGUCAGCCCGGGCAAGGGGGCGAUGCCGACGCUGGAAAGCGCGAUCUUCGUGCCGAGCUCCUCGCGGCUGAGGCUGCGCAUUUCGCCAAGAAGAAUGGCACCCCCAUUCCUGCCGAAGACGAGUCGUCUACCGCCACAUCCAAGCGUCAACUGGAGGCAGCCCCGGCUGAAGAAGGCGCUGAGGAGGAAGAGGAUCAGGCGGCGAAACGGAGACGAUUGAUCCUCGAAGAAGCGCGCGACGUGGACGCGGACUCUGAUGGGUCGAAUAGCGAGAGCAGCGACGAGGAGGAUGACGAUGACGAGGAGGAGGACGAGACUGCAGAGCUCAUGCGCGAGCUAGAGAAGAUCAAAAAGGAGCGGGCGGAGCAAAAGGCCAAGGAAGAAGCCGAGAAGGCUGCCCAGGAGGAGGAACAGCGCGAGCACGACAUUGCGCGAGGCAACCCUCUUCUCAACCCCAAGGAUUUCAGCGUCAAGCGCCGGUGGGAUGACGAUGUUGUGUUCAAAAACCAGGCUCGGGGCACAGAGGACAAGAAGCCUAAGGAAUUCGUCAACGAUCUACUGCGGUCAGACUUCCACAGGCGGUUCAUGAGCAAGUACGUGCGGUAG